AUGAAGUCCCAUCGGAACGGAAGCCUUUCGAGCCCUGACAUCGAGGAGCACGAGCACAGCAAUGCCGUCUCCCGCAACGGGGCCUCUAUGAGAGAUGAAAAGCAACCAGGGCCAAGUCGAGCAUCUGCUCGAUACGGCUCUCACGAUGUCAAGAAAGGCGGAUUCUCACAGCUACGUCAGGCAUCCAAGCGACCAAUGCCCACCCAGUAUGGUGAUGGGACCUAUCCCACAGAGAUUGUUCGGCCGACAAUGGUCCAGAAUUUACGAGCGUUGCAGGCAGCAGAUCUGAAAACUCUCGUGCAAAUUAUCAAAUCUAAGAUUAAGGGGGAGAAAAUCCAAGAUGACAAAACAAUGAUCAUGGAGCGUACGAUCCAAAUCGUGGCCAAACUCCCCCACAACUCUCGUCUCCGUGAGCAAUUGACGAACACUUUCAUUCAAGAGCUUUGGGAUUCUCUUGAGCAUCCACCCAUGCUUUACAUUGGUGACGAGUUCAAGUAUCGGCGUGCCGAUGGAUCUUAUAACAACCCAAUGUUCCCUCAGCUGGGCGCUGCUGGUGGUCCAUACGCCAGAUCAGUCAAGCCUCGGAUCGUCACUCUGGGUGCCAUGCCCGAUCCCGGGUUGAUAUUCGAUGCCGUCAUGGGUCGAACAACCUAUAAGAAGCACCCGAACAACGUUUCGAAUUUGUUUUGGACCGACUACAGGGACAGCAGCAAGUCCAAGACCUCGGCCUAUCUUGAUCUCUCUCCGUUGUACGGCAGUAAUCAGGAGAUGCAAGAUUCCAUCAGGACGUUUCGGGAUGGCAAGCUCAAGGCCGACAGCUUUGCUGACAAGCGGCUUAUCGGCAUGCCACCGGGUGUUUGCGUCCUUCUAAUCAUGUUCAAUCGAUUCCACAACCACGUCGCCGAGCAUCUGGCUGCCAUCAAUGAGGGCAAUAGGUUCACGCCUCCUGGCGAUAAUAUGUCUGACGAAGACGCUGCCAAGGCUUGGAAGAAGUAUGACGAAGACCUGUUUCAAACGGCGCGACUCGUAACUUCAGGUUUGUACAUCAACAUCACUUUGGUCGAUUAUGUCCGCAAUAUUGUCAACCUCAAUCGCACCAACACUACAUGGACACUUGAUCCCCGUCAAGAGGCUGGUAUCGACGCCGGUACACCCGAUGGAGCGGAAGCAGGUACUGGAAAUGUCAACUCGGCCGAAUUUAAUCUUUGUUACAGAUGGCACUCCUGCAUUUCGGACAAGGACGACAAAUGGAUUCAGAAAUUCUACGGGAAGCUUCUGGGCGGAGGCGGCAAAGGCGGCAAAGGCGGGUUGUCUCCUCAAGAGAUGGCCUGUGUCUUCGGAAAGUUCGAAAAGUCGAUUCCUGAUGACCCUGGUCAGCGUACUUUUGCCGACUACGAACGAGGCGAGGACGGCAAGUUUGAUGACGAUGACCUUGUUGAGUGCAUUAGUUCAGCCAUCGAAGACUGUGCUGGGGCUUUUGGGGCCCGCAAUGUACCCCAGGUCAUGAAGCCCGUCGAAAUCAUGGGUAUUCUGCACGGUAGAAAGUGGAACGUUGCUGGUCUCAAUGAGUUCCGUAAGCAUUUUGGUCUGAAGCCCUACGAUCGGUUCGAAGACAUCAACUCGGAUCCGGCUGUGGCGGAACAGCUGAAGAAUCUGUACCAACACCCGGAUUACGUCGAAUUGUACCCAGGUCUCGUCGCCGAAGAGGCCAAGACGCCCCUGACUCCUGGCGUUGGAAUUGCCCCUACGUACACCAUCUCACGCGUCGUUCUGUCAGACGCAGUUUGUCUCGUUCGGGGUGAUAGAUACUACACAACUGACUACAACCCUCGUCACCUGACCCAAUGGGGCUAUAAGGAGGUCGAUUACGAUCUCAACGUCAAUCACGGCUGUGUCUUCUACAAGCUGUUCUUGAGAGCUUUCCCCAACCACUUCAAAGCAAACUCGGUCUACGCACAUUACCCGAUGGUGAUUCCAUCCGAGAACCAUCAGAUUCUUACAGACCUUGGACGCGUCGAUCAGUUCGACUUCUCUCAUCCCAAGUUCACUCCUUUACGGACGAACAUCGUAUCAUAUGGAGGCGCCAAGCACAUCCUGGAGAACCAGAGUCGGUACAAGGUGACAUGGGAUGAAGGCCUCUCCUUUUUGAUGGGUAAGGGCGGCAGCCGCUUCAUGCUCUCUGGAGACACGGACUUCCAUGCGGGCCAGAAGAAAUGCAUGCAAUCUUUACUUUACAAGGAUGGCUGGGAUUCUCACGUCAAGCAGUUUUAUGCGGGAAUCACAGAGAAGUUGCUCAUGGAGAAGUCGUACAAGCUUGCCGGCCAAACACACGUCGACAUAAUCCGCGACGUUGGAAAUAUUGCUCAUGUUCACUUCGCCUCGAGAGUGUUCAACUUGCCUCUCAAGACCCACGAGAACCCCAAGGGUGUCUUUUCGGAGCAGGAGAUGUACCAGAUUCUGUCGGUCAUUUUCGUGUGCAUCUUCUUCGACAUUGACCCUGUUAAGUCGUUCCCGCUCCGACAAACCGCCAAGGAGGUGACGAUGAAGCUUGGGAAGCUGGUCGAGACAAAUGUCAAGAUCACGACGAAGGUCGGUUUCCGCGGGCUUUUCACUGGCUCUGCGGACAAGGAAGACCCGCUCGCAUCAUAUGGAACCAAUCUAGUCAAAGGUCUCGCCAAAUCCGGACUGAGCGCCUACGACAUUGCGUGGAGCCAGAUUCUGCCUACAUCAGGGGCUAUGGUACCUAAUCAGGCACAAGUGUUUGCACAGGCGGUCGAUUACUACCUCUCGUCUCCAGGCACCGAUCACCUUCAACAGAUUCACAAGGUGGCCCUGUCUCCAUCAACGAAGGAGACUGACGCUCUCCUGCUUGGCUACGCCAUGGAGGGCAUCCGACUUGCAGGAACCUUUGGCUCUUACCGCGAAGCGACGCAGGACGAUGUCAUUGUCGAGGACGAUGGUCGUGAGGUUCCUGUGAGACGAGGUGACAGGGUUUUCGUUAGUUUCGUUUCCGCUGCCAGAGACCCGGUGCACUUCCCUCUACCAGAAGAGGUCAACCCCCGCAGACCACUGGAUUCGUACAUCCACUAUGGACUCGGCCCGCACGCCUGCCUCGGUCGUGCUGCGAGCCAAGUGGCGCUUACGGAGAUGUUCAGGGUACUGUUCCGGAAGAAGAACCUUCGACGAGUUCCAGGGCCACAAGGGAUUUUGAAGAAGGUACCAAGGCCUGGUGGGUUCUUUGUGUACAUGAAAGAGGAUUGGGGGCAAAUCUGGCCGUUCCCCGUGUCCAUGAAGGUGAUGUGGGAUGAGGAAUAG